AUGGGAAUUAACAAACCAGGUUGGAAGCAGGUCCUUGAAUUGAAGAAGAACAUCACAGUUGCAACAUCCCAAUGGCCAUUUUCCUCGAGAUGCGUUUCCGAAACUAAUAUGCACAUCCAUUUUCCAUCUAGAAAAGACAUGCAUUUUUUGGAGAAUCCAGAAUAG